UACAGUGUACCUAUAAAUAGUAAAUUUAGGAAUGGUCUCCUCAUUUUUUCCGUGACUGGAUAUAGUUCAACCGAACCUCAUUGCAGUGCUGAUUUAAAACAUCCUGAUCAAUAUUCUCCUGACCUCUACAAGAUCAACACAGCAGUUGCCAAUUUAUCAAAGGUUGAAUGUACACGACUGUUGUUUUGUAGGCCGUGUACAGUUAACUUUACACAUUCUCGUGAGCUGUUUAUUAAUCUUCUGUUUGACUUACAAAACUAUACUGACCGAAAACACACUGAUGUUGAGAAUAAAUCUGUGAGGCAAACACGAACAGACGCUCACAGUAACAGACAGUCAUGAAUGUGGAUCUGCUGUGGUCGACGGUUGUUCUUCUCUCUUCACCUCUCCUCACAUCAUGUGACCCGCUAUUCGUUCUGUCGGCUCCUAAUUUGCUGAGGGUGGGUUCCUCAGAGAACGUGUUCGUGGAGGCUCAGGAUCAUAAUGGAGGAGAUUUGAGUGUGAACAUCGUGGUGAAAAACUUCCCAACCAAAAGCAAUGAUCUGCUGCGUAAAACUGUGAUCCUGACCACGGAAAAUAACUUCCAGGUCCUUACAGACAUAAAGAUUCCUACCGACGCAAACUUUUUCGAGAGAGAUGCGGAGAAGCAGUUUGUGUAUUUACAGGCUGAAUUUCCUACUAAAACCCUGGAGAAAGUGGUCAUGGUGUCAUUUCAGUCGGGAUAUAUAUUUGUACAGACAGACAAACCCAUCUACACACCUGCUAGCACAGUUCAGUACCGGGUUUUCUCUCUGACUCCAAACCUGCAUCCACACAGUCAGUCUGGAGUCUCAGUGGAUAUCAUGAAUCCACAAGGCAUCACGGUUGCAACAGAGAAGGUUUUUCCAACGCAAGGGAUGAAGUCUGGAAAGUACAAAAUUCCUGAGGUUGCCAGUCCUGGGAUCUGGAAGGUGGUCACACGGUACGCAAACACCCCACAGAAGACGUUCUCUUCAGACUUUGAGGUCAAAGAAUACGUGCUUCCAACUUUUGAAGUCACAUUAAGCCCCAGCAGGUCGUUCUUCUAUGUUGGCGAUGAGCGUCUAACAGUCGACAUUACUGCCGAGUAUCUGUUUGGGAAGAAGGUUAAGGGACAAGCGUUUGUGGUGUUUGGUGUGAUGGAUGGUGAGAGUAAAACAAGUAUCUCCGCCUCUCUACAAAGAGUCCCGAUAGCUGUAAGAAAGGGUUCAGCAGAACUGACCAGGGACAUGAUCACUCAGACCUUUCCAAACAUCAACAAGCUGGUUGGGAAAUCAAUCUUUGUUUCGGUCAGCGUUUUAACAGAGACCGGCAGUGAAAUGGUGGAAGCACAAAAGAGAGGCAUUCAGAUUGUGACGUCACCGUACACCAUCCACUUCAAGAGAACACCUCAAUUCUUCAAACCUGGAAUGCCCUUUGACGUCUCGGUUUACGUGACAAAUCCUGACCAGACGCCUGCUAAAAAUGUGCAAGUGGAGGUCAACCCUGGAGGGAUCAGAGGUCAAACAAAAGCCAAUGGCAUUGCAAAGGUCACCGUCAAUUCUCAGAGAGAUUCUCGAUCACUGCAGAUCACCGCAAAGACCAUAGAUCCACAAUUACAAAAUGAACAGCAGGCAGUGAAGACGAUGACAGCUCAAGCGUACAUUCCCAAAAGCAACUCCCAAAACUACCUGCACGUCGGCAUCGAUGCUGCCGAGCUCGAGAUCGGUGAUCAAAUGAAAGUCAAUCUGAACACAGGGAAGAGUCCAGGAGCCAAAGAUCAAGAUUACACCUACAUGGUCAUCAGUAAAGGACAGAUCGUGAAGGUGGACAGGUUUAAGAGAAGAGAGCGAGCUUUAGUCACUCUCUCUCUACCUGUGACCAAAGACAUGGUGCCGUCUUUCCGCUUCGUGGCGUAUUAUCACGUGGGAUCAGAUGAGGUGGUGUCUGACUCCGUCUGGGUUGAUGUGAAGGACACAUGUAUGGGAGCACUCAGUCUUGAGGUAAAGAACAAGGCCAACACUUAUAAUCCGGGUGAUGAGUUCAGCUUGAAAAUAACUGGAGAUCCCGGAGCUAAAGUUGGGCUGGUGGUGGUUGACAAGGCUGUGCAUGUCCUCAACAAGAACAGACUCACACAGUCGAAGGUCUGGGACGUGAUCGAGAAACAUGACACAGGUUGUACAGCAGGCAGUGGAAGAGACAGUAUGGGGGUUUUCUAUGACGCUGGUCUGAUGUUUGAGUCCAGCACCGCUGGAGGAACCAACACCAGAACAAUGAACGAGUGCCCUACUCCUUCAAAGAGAAGACGGAGAUCAGACGAGUUAGAUUAUACAGACUCUGAUGAGAUUGUGUCACGGACACAGUUCCCUGAGAGCUGGCUUUGGGAGGAGGUGACGGUUCCUCAAUGCCAAGAUGAAACCUGCGUACUAUCAAAAGACAGAAUCUACCUGAAAGAAUCCAUCACAACCUGGCAAAUCUUAGCCAUCAGCUUGUCAAACACAAACGGUAUCUGUGUGGCAGAUCCUCUGGAGAUGGUGGUUUUUAAGAAGUUUUUCAUCGACCUCAAGAUGCCGUACUCGGCCGUUCGCAACGAGCAGCUGGAAAUCAAAGCCAUCAUUCACAAUUCCAGCCCACGGAAGACGAAGGUGCGUGUGGAGUUUAUGGAGACGCAACACAUUUGCAGCGCUGCCAGUAAGAAGGACAAAUACAGAACAAUUGUAGAAGUCGACGGCUCUUCUAGCAGAUCCGUUCCAUACGUGAUCAUUCCCAUGGAGUUGGGCGAACAUCAGAUUGAGGUGAAGGCUGCGGAGGACAAUUCUUUCUACACUGAUGGAGUGAAGAAGACCCUGAAUGUGGUGUCUGAGGGCGUCCGACAAGUGUUGAGGGAGAAAACUGUGAAGCUUAAUCCGACGAAGCACGGUGGAGAACAACAUGAAGUUAUAAGAACUUCCACUCCAGUUGAUCGGGUUCCAGACACACCUGCCAGCACUCUCAUCACAGUAACCGGUGAGGAGACGACUCAAACGGUCGAGCAGGCCAUCAGUGGAGAUUUGAUGGGUCGACUCAUUUACCAGCCCAGCGGGUCUGCAGAGGGAAAUAUGAUGGGCAUGACUCUACCUCUCAUUGCCACUCAUUAUCUGGACAGCACCAAUCAGUGGGAGGCUGUCGGCAUGGACCGUCGAAGUGAAGCUGUUAAACACAUCACCACAGGUUAUCAAAGGCAGCUGGCCUACCGCAAAACUGAUGGGUCUUACGCCGCCUGGGUUCAUAUGCAGAGCAGCACCUGGUUGACGGCAUACGUGGCUAAAAUCUUUGCUAUGGCCAGUAACCUCGUUGCUGUAGAAGAAAAUGUGCUCUGCAGCGCCCUCAAGUGGCUGGUUAUCAACAAACAACUGCCAGACGGAUCUUUUAAAGAGGAUGCAGCUGUAAUUAAUAGGGAGAUGGUUGGUGAUGUACGUGGGAAAGAUGGAGACGCUUCUCUGACUGCGUUUGUUCUCAUCGCCAUGCAGGAGGGCAGCGAGUUUUGUGCCAGAUCAGUUCAUUAUCUUCAUAACAGUAUGAAAAGGGCUGUUGGCUGUCUGGAAGGUAAACUUCAGAAACUGACCAAUCCUUACGCUGUCGCUAUGACAUCCUACGCCAUGGCCAACGCCAACAAACUCAAUAAAGAUGUGUUGAUGAAGCACUCCACUAAACAGGAAGCCGGCACCGCUUGGAUUGUCCCGGAACAACAUUAUCAUUCUCUGGAGGCCACAGCCUAUGCCGUGCUGGCCCUCGUCAAAGCAAAAGAUUACGACAAAGCAGGAGAAGCCGUGCACUGGCUGGCCAGACAACAAUCUCACUAUGGUCGUUAUCAAAGCACACAGGCGACCAUCAUGGUGUUCCAGGCGGUGGCUGAAUACCGCACGCAGGUGAAGAAAGACCUUGAUUUCUAUCUGGACGUGGAGGUGUUUGUGGAAGGAAGAAGCAAACCAAUCAGAUGGGGUUUCAGAAAGGAUAACAUGCACGUUACACGCUCGGACAAGAUUGAUCUCAAUAAGAACUUUAACGUGACGGCUAAAGGAACUGGAACAGCCACUCUCUCAGUGCUCAUGCUUUAUUUUGCCAAGCCUGCGGUGAAGAUUUCUGACUGUAAACACUUUGAGCUGAGUGUUAAAAUGGCACGAGAUCGUGAAGUAAGUUACACCGGAGCCCUUGAAAGUUACACGCUCACUUUGGAAUUCUUAAGAGACGCCACUAUGAGUAUUCUGCAUGUGGGUUUACUGACAGGGUUCGUAGUGGAUGAAAGAGAUCUCUCAGAGUUGACCAUGGGCAGAGACAGAGCCAUUCAGAAAUUUGAGAUGAACAGAGGGCUCUCGGUGCGAGGGUCCCUCAUCCUCUACCUCAAUAAGGUUUCUCAUGCAGAAAGAGAUAGAAUCGCCUUCAGAAUGCACAAGGUCAAUAAAGUGGGUUUGCUUCAACCUGCUGCAGUCACCGUUUAUGAAUAUUAUUCACCAGACGCACGCUGUAUGAAGUACUACCACCCUGAUAAGGAGGACGGCGCUCUGAGCAGAUUAUGUCAUGGAGAUGUGUGUCAGUGUGCUGAAGAAAACUGCAGUUAUCAGAAUAAAAACAAGGUCAAUGCAGAUCAACGUUUGAACAAGGCUUGUGAAGCCAGCAUGGAUUAUGUUUAUAAAGUCACAGUGGAGGGUGUGAAUCUGGGGACACACACAGACGUCUAUAAUAUGAAGGUGAAUCGAGUCCUGAGAGAAGGAAUUUGUGAGGAUGUGACAGUGCAGCAGGUGAGAAAGUUCCUGGCUUCUCCCAUCUGCAGAAAUUCUUUGGGACUCUUACAUGGCAAGUCGUACCUCAUCAUGGGUAAAGCCCCAACGGGACUGGAGUACGUCUUGGGCGAGCAGACAUGGAUCGAGUACUGGCCAACAAGAGAAGAGAGCCAAACUCCAGAAUACAGGGACAGAUACCUGGGCAUCAUUGAACUCGGCAAUAAUCUCCUCACACAAGGAUGCUCUGAAUAACAAGCGUUUCUUCAUUAGAUCAGACUAUCAGAUAUUCUGUCUAUAGAUCAAGACUCUAAACAAAGAUGUUCAAGAUCAAAUAAGCCAAAUGUUCAGAGACUACAGUAUUCAUAAUGGAUUUGAAACUCAUUCACUGUAAAAAUUGAACAGUUGGAUCAACUUAAAAAAAUGAGUCCAAAUGGUAAAACCUAAAAAAGUGAAGUUGGUCCAAUUUAAAUUUCGCAGCUGACAAAAGUGUAAAAAAUGAUCAGUUGGAUCAACUUAAAAAAUUACUUCAAUUGGUAACACUUAGAAAAAUUAAGUUGGUCCAACUUAAAUUUCCUUAUCUACGAAAAGUCACCAUCAUGGUGAUCAGUGUUUCCUUGAGUUGAACUCAAGACUCACAUUCCUAUUUCAUUGCACAGAACAACCUUCUAAGAACCAGUAUAUGUACACGCACGCACACACACAGUAGGCCUAUGUAAUAUAUAUAUACAGUUGUGUUCAAAAUAAUAGCAGUGUGUUUAAAAAAAGUGAGUAAAGCUCAAAAUCCUUAUAAUAACUUUCAUGUCAAUACACAAAUGCAUUGGGAACACUGUACAUUCUAUUCUAAAUCAAAACAUGAAGAAAAAAAGUAUCAAAUGUGUUAUUACUCUACAGAAAGUGAAGAAAAAGGAAUGUUAGGCUGUUCAGGAAAAUAGCAGUGUCUGCAUUUUUCUUUACAAAGUCAAACAUUUAUUGUAUAAAAUGAAAAAUGUUUGAAGAUGUAGCGUUCUUGUGAAUCACUGAACUAAUAUUUAGUUGUAUAGCCACGGUUUCUGAGAACUGCUUCACAUCUGUGUUGCAUGGAAUCGACCGACUUCUGGCACCUGUGAACAGGUAUUCCAGCCCAGGACGAUUGCACUACAGACCACAAUUCCUCUGCAUUUCUUGCUUUUGCCUCAGAAACAGCGUUUUUGAUGU